AUGGAAGCUUGUUACUCUCAAGAUAAACUUAAUAUCACUUCAUACGAUGCCGUGGCUAUCGUCACCAUCACACUGCAGGCAUUUGCUGGCAUGUGGAUAAAUGCUUUCAUUGUUUCUGUGCUUUGUCUUGCUUGGCUCAAAAAGAAAAGCUUUAACUCUAAUGAGAAGAUCUUGCUGUUCCUGGGGUGCACCAGGUUUUGUUAUCUCUGCAUCACGUGGCUAUAUUCCUUUCUUUCAAUAAUUUAUCCCUUGUGCUUUUAUGUUCACCCCAUACCACAACUCCUUACAGCUAUUCAAAACUUUUUCAAUUGUUCCAACUUGUGGGUUACUGCCUUUCUUUGUGGGUUUUAUUGUAUAAAAAUUGCAAAUUUCAGGCACAUCCUCUUCAUCUACCUGAAAGUCAAAAUUGACAGGAUCGUGCCAUGGCUCUUGCUGGGUUCAGUGCUUUUAUCCCUCGUCAUCUGCAUCCUUACCUAUGACGUCACUAAUGUAACGCUCAGUACCAAUUCCACCACCCUAGGAAAUUUGUGGAAACUGAAUGUCAUAAUGGAUGAACAUUCGUUCCCUAUUUUUUUUAUCAUUGGCUUUGUGUUUGCCACUGCCUUCGUGAUAGUAAUCGUUUCUGCCCUCCUCCUCCUCUUUUCUCUCUGGAGACACAAACGCAGGAUGCAGACAACCUCAGUGAAGAACCUCAGCAUGGAUGCCCACAUCAAAGCCAUGAAAUCGAUUCUCUACUUCUUCCUCAUUUACAGCAUUAACUUUACAUAUUUGGUCUUGUCACUGAUUUACUCUGCAAACAAUGAAAAUCUUGUGGCAAUUCUCGUUUUACUAUUUCAGUAUGCCUUACCGGCUGUUCAUUCCCUUAUUCUGAUUUUCAGCAAUCCCAAACUGGAAAAGACACUGCUGAGGACUCUGCCUCGUGUGAAAUGUAAGGUUUGCAUGAGGUAG